ACACACACACACUGUCAGGCAGUGAAGAGCCCGCAUCCGCUGCUCCUAACGCGGGUCCUCAGUGGCAUGGAGUCCGGAGCAGAGCACUGACCAUCCAGGAACCAUGCCUACUGUCCUCGGUGGCAAAGGGGAACUUUCCAUUGUCUGUUUUCUACUCAGAUGCGCAUAUUCUCAGGUAACAAGAAGCCAACACAACAGUUUUGCCAAAGAUAUUCUGGAGGACAUGACUCAGUCCUGGCCAUCCCAGCAAGCCUUAGGGGGUGACCAGGCCCAACGAAUCCUCUACAACUCUAAGGAAGCAAAACUACCGACUGCACAACAAAGACAAAGUCGGGGGGAUGUUCAGCUGCGAAUGACCCGUCACCCUGGCGUGGCACCUCACAAAUCUAUGCUUGCUGAUGACCUGAAGCUGAGCAGUGAUGAUGAUGACAAUCAGAUGGCAACUCAUGAGUCAGCUUCCUGGGAUGGACACAGCCUGUCAGCACAGCGAGCGCACACACAUGGCAGGCGAGUGAGACAUUCCAGCUCGGACUCUUCGGGCUCUGACUCCUCCGCCGAGUCGGGUGGCAGCAGCAGCAGCCUCCACUCCCGGAGCCCCAGCCGGAGCCCAGACGUUCACCCGGAUCCUGCGUCGCCUGCCAACGCGCAGCCGGCGUGCAACAGCAAAGAGACUGAUCACCCCUCUGCGGCCCAGUGGCAGCUGGAUAAAUGGCUGAAGAAGUCCCGGAAAAAAUCUGCCAGCAGUGACCAGGAUCCCUCCCAGAGCAUUCCAGGACGCCUUCCCUCUCCCCACACCCAAAGAGCCCCAUCUCCAGCCAGGUCCUGGGACAGCACUCAGGAAUACAGCCCUAGCCAAAGCCCUAUCCCCAGCCCACAGUUCAAUUACAGCCACACCAACAGCCCCCUACCUAGCCCUGGUUACAGCUACUGCCCUAGCCCCAGCCCGUUUGCCAGCACAUGCCCAAGUCCCGGCCCUAGCCCAGGGCACAGCCCGAUCCUCAGUCCGGUUCCUAGUGUUUGCCCCAGUCCGUGUGGGAGCCCGAGAGCCAGCCGCAGCCCUAGCCCUAUACCUAGAGACCCUCCGAAAAGCCCCAGUCCUGGUCUACCUGCUCCUUCCAGGGUUCGGCACCUCCCUGAGGUACACAGAACACAACCUAGCCUAACAACCAAUCCCCACAGGACAAAAAAUAGGUCAUGGAUUACCCCAUUGCCUAACACAGACACCAAGAGCAAGCCUACAAACAGCACUCAUCUUCAGCCAACUCAUCAGCACAGGCCCAAGACUCGACCCACACAGGACCACGACCAAAGCAAACCCAAGGCUUCUGCUGUUUUAAACUCUAACCAGAGUCAAGGCCACAAAUCUAGACCCAAGCCUAACUUUCAUCCAAGUUUUAAACAGCCCUCUGAGGCUCCCAAAGCCAAACACACAUCACAUUUUGAGCAAAGUAGCAGAUCCAACCACAGGCCCAGGCCUCCGUUUCAAUCUAGCUCACAACACACCACCUUAACAGCAAAGCACUUAGCUCCCACUAGUCGUGAAACCAACUCUGGGGAUAGUUCUCAUUCCCAAUCUACCUGUAAAGCUGCUACUAAUCCUGUUACUGGGUUGAACUCUAGAUCAAACCCCAGUCUAAAACCUAGGGCCAAGUCUUCGGAGGCUACAGCCCCGACUCCUGUGCAUGUUAACCAUACAAAACCGACACAGAAGAAACCCCAGUCCAAGGAGCAGGAGGUGGAACACAGAGAAAAUCGUCUGACCCAAGCUGAGGGGAGAAAACACGAGAGAAAAGAGGACAGACAUCGGGAAAAACCACAAGGGAGACAGGAGAGAAAGGAAGACAGGAGGCUGGCGGAGGAGCAGCUACUGAGACGUCCCUGGAUCCAGAGUUCGGCAGAAGAAGAGGAGGAAGAGGAGGAGGAGGAGGAGGAGGAGGAGGGAGUGAUAGAGAAGCAGAGGAGAAGAGAAGAGACAGCAAGAAGGGAGAACAGGAGAAGGAGAGAGCAGCAACAUAGACACGAAUGGAAAACAGACCAAGCCAAACAGAGACCGCCUACCAACACCGAGCGACACCGCCUUCAAGACGACUCACACCACCAGGGGAGGACAAAAAAGGGAGGGAGAAGUGAGGAGGAGAGAGACUUACCGCGAGACCCAUCACCUCCCCCAUCACGUUCCCCACGUCCUCACUGGCCAUAUUCCUCCGCCUCCUCCUCUUCAAAUUCAGAUUCAGAGUCUGGAUAUCAGGCUCCGGUCACCAAAGUUCCAGCGGACUCUACCUCGCACAAGAGACUCCCCAGGAGAGGGCAACAAGGCCCGGGCAGGCCUCACGCCAACAGGCCCAAGGUGGUGCACCCCGUAGGACCCACCUCAGGUAAUCCCACUGAGGGGCAGCAGAGUGAGGGGAAGCAAAAACUCUUCACCCUGGUCCCGUUCGGGCGGGCCGAAAAAGCUACAGCGCCUUCCCAGCGAGGGCUUCGAAAUCUGGUGGUGCAGAUUAACCUCUGUCUUCUCAAAAGGGUCCCGGACAGCACUACUAGUUCCACUGUUAAAAAACCCUCCCCUUCUUCUCCUUCUUCUUCUUCUUCUUCAUCAACCAAGGACAAGCAAAGAGAAGCAAUGAAACACCUGUAUGUCCCUGAGACUGUGACGAAAGACAGCAAAAGGAAACGCAAGUUGGAGAAUGGCGUGUCGCACAGAGAAAGCAAGAGGAGUAUUCCUCAUGCGAAUGACCUCUCGGACCACACAGAGUCAUCAUCUCACACAGCUGAGCGCAACUUUGUGACUGAGACCACACACAACGGGUACUUGGAGGAGUACUUGGACAGCAAGAGGCCGUUGUCUCCUCUGUCCCCACUGUCCGACAGCCCAGAGUCCACCAAGCCUCCCCCGAAAACAAAGACAUCAGAGCAGCAUCACGUCCACAAGAGCAGAGACAAGAAUAGAGAUUCUGCUAUAAAGCCCAAAAUGGAGGUGGAAUGUGUGAAAGUGUCAAGACAGCCCCAACCACAACCAUCCGAGUCCUGGGGCCCUGCAGGACACAGGGGGACCGUGCCAAACAAUGAAACUCCGCAUCACGCUGAGUACUACUUACAUGAAGCUAAAAGGAUGAAGCACCGGGCCGACGCAAUGGUGGACAAGCUGGGGAAGGCUGUGAACUACGUUGACGCUGCUCUCUCCUUCAUGGAAUGCGGGAAAGCAAUGGAGGAAGGGCCACUAGAGGACAAGUCUCCUUACACCAUGUACUCAGAGACAGUGGAGCUAAUCAGGUACGCAAUGAGGCUGAAGAGCCACUCCGGCCCUGGGGCGAGACAGGAAGACAAACAGCUGGCGGUUCUGUGUUUCCGAUGCCUUGCCCUCCUUUACUGGCAAAUGUUUCGUUUAAAGAAGGACCAUGCACUAAAAUACUCCAAAGUUCUGCUGGACUACUUUAAGAGUUCUCCCAAAGUGCCUUCUACACCACCCUCUUGGAGUGACUCUGGGAAGGGUACAGGAGCACCCCCUUCUUCACUCUCACCCAAUGCCAAACACCUCGGUCGGGGUUCACACGGGGGCAGCGCCUUCCCCACUCUCAUAAGCAUUCCCCAGCGUAUCCACCAGAUGGCAGCAAACCACCUGAACAUCACCAACAGUGUCCUGUACAGCUACGACUACUGGGAGGUGGCAGACAACCUCGCAAAGGAGAAUAAAGAGUUCUUCAACUACUUGAAUACGUUGUCUGGGCCGUUGACUCUUCACAGUAGCAUCGCUCACGCUGUCCAAUACACCAGACAGGCUCUCCAGUGGAUACGCAUUAGUGCCAAACUUAACUAACAAGGAGAGGAUUUACUGUGACCUGCCCACUGGAUCCCCAGGCCUCACUUAGAGGAGACAAAACUCUGGAUCUCUAUGCAGGACAGUGCUGAUAUACUGAGCUGGCUGGAGUUGGAUGAAACCCCAUGGAGUGUGAUCAUCCUCAUAGGAUGCUGGGGGUGCUCACUGUGUGCAAAGCCUUCUGAAGGAUGAACUACACGCACCUUCUUCCUCAUCAUUGGAUUAAUCUGAAGAGUCGUGUGUGUGUGUGCUAUAGAUUUGAAGUCUCUAAGCAUUUGCCAAAUGUUCCACGGUGACAGAAACAGGACUCUUUUGCAGUACAGUUGUGCAAUUUCACGUGUGAAGCCUUUUUUUUUAUCUGUUUCUCUCGGGCCAAAACAGGAGAAGAUGCAAAAAAAAAAGACCAAUCCAUCAUAUACCACUUUCUCCAAAGUAGGAAACGUGUCUGCAUCUUUCUCUAAUGAAAGUUUUAAUGACUCUUCUUUUUAAAUCUCUGAUGUUUUUCACUUUUAUGUGUUUUUACUGUGCAAUAUUUGAUGGAUUCUGUUUUUAGAAAAGAAAAAAAGGAACAAAAACCAGAGAAAGAAAAUUGUUGGUGAGUCUCGUUGCCAACAUUCAAGGUCCCUUUUUAUGCAAAAUGGAUUUGUGUCCCUGUUUUGAGUGUGGGGGUUAUGUAAUUUAAUGAAUAAUAGUGUUGAA